AUGGCCGCACAAGCAGAAGAAACGCCGCAAGGCACGAAGCGAUCGCAUGAUGAGGUUGGAGAAGAGGAUGGAGCUCUUAAGCAGACCGCAGAUGACGCCAGCGAAUCUAGCGACGACGACGAUAUCGGCCCAGCUCUGCCCUCCGCAGAGGCGCCAAAGAAGAAGCGGCGAAAACUGCCCUACGAGAAGCAGUAUAUGGCUGCGCUACCGUCCGCGACACGAUACUCAAAAUCGCUGAUGCACAGGGAACAGCUGGCCUUCUGCACCAUUACUCCGCACACGGACUUUCUGAUCACAAGCUCCAUCGACGGUUACGUCAAGUUCUGGAAGAAGACAUCGGGAGGCGUAGAGUUCGUGAAAGAGUACAAGGCACACGAUGGCGAGAUAAGGAGCGUGACUGUGAGCGCGGACGGGCGAAGCUAUGCUACAGCAGGAGUGGACAACACAGUCAAGAUCUUCGACGUCGAGACAUUUGACUUGCUUGCAAUGCUAGAGCCAGAAACAGCGCCUAAAUGCAUCUGCUUUGUACAUGGCCAUGGUUCUUCCUAUCCUAUCCUUGCUGUGUCCUGUGAGACGGAUGGGCGCAUUGCGAUCUUCGAUGGAAGAGGUGAGAAUCAGAAGUCGCUUCACACCAUCUUUGCGUUGCAUCGCAAGCCUGUCCACCUAAUGGCUUACAACAAUGCAUACGACUGUGUUGUAUCUGCUGAUGAGGGUGGCAUGAUCGAAUACUGGCAGCCUUCAGGCUCGUACGACAAGCCGGACAGUGUCUUCGACAUAAAGAGCAGCACCUCCCUUUUCGAAUUCAAAAAGGCAAAGUCCGUGCCUUGUUCGUUGACAAUCUCGCCAUCCGGACACCAGUUCGCGACCUUCUCUUUCCCUGAUCGCAAAGUGCGGGUCUUCGACUUUCCCACAGCGAAGCUAUAUCGAACCUAUGACGAAAGCAUUGCCACUAUCACCGAGAUGCAACAAGCUGGAACAUUGAGCAGUGAGCCUUUGGAAGCAAUCGAGUUUGGCAGAAGAAUCGCUGUUGAGCGGGAACUGGAGAACCCCAUCGUGCGGAGCCGCAUCAGCGUAAUCUUCGACGAGAGCGGCCACUUCAUUCUAUACGGUAGUAUUCUGGGCACCAAAGUUAUCAACACGCUCGCGAACCGCGUAGUCAAGAUCUACGGUCGCGACGAGCCAUUCCGACCACUCAAUUUGGCACUCUACCAAGGACAGCCGGAUAAGAAGGGCGUUGUCACUGUACAAAUGGCAACCUCGGACAAUCCGCUUCUAGCUGAGGCUGAGGCUCGUGAUGCUAUGCUGGUAGCCACCGGUUCUGGAAAGGUACGCUUCUACAUGUUCACAAACGACGACAGCGUGCCCAAAUCCGAUCGAGACAUCCACAACGAGAAACCACGAACUCUCAAUGCUGCUAAAAAGGCAGAGGAAGACGCGCGAGAAGCGAGGAUGGGGACUUCAGCGACGAUACAUACUACCAUGGGCGACAUUAGCAUUCGUCUCUUCCCUCAGCAUGCGCCCAAGGCAGUCGAAAACUUCACCGUCCACGCUCGAAGCGGGUACUACAACGGCAUCAUUUUCCAUCGUGUCAUUCGCAAAUUCAUGAUUCAGACCGGUGAUCCGCUGGGGGAUGGAACUGGCGGUGAGUCGAUCUGGGGCAAAGAGUUCGAGGAUGAAUUUGCUCCGGAACUCAGGCAUGACAAGCCGUAUACGGUCAGUAUGGCUAAUGCGGGACCGGGUACAAAUGCUAGUCAGUUCUUCAUUACGACGGAGCGGACACCGUGGCUGGAUGAUAAACAUACCAUUUUUGGGAGAUGCGUGAAGGGAAUGGAUGUUGUGCAUCAGAUUGAAAAUACGAAGGUCUGGAAGGAAAAGCCGGUGGAGGAUAUUAAGAUUGUUAAUAUUAGUAUUUGA